GCCCGCUGCCGGCCUGCCGGCGUUUCACGGGCGAAGCCGAACACAACAAGCUCAGUGCGCGAGCUAGCGUGAUACGGAAUGUACGUGUGGUGCGUCUUGCGCGGACGUUGACUCUGCGAUUUAUUUUUUUAUCUUACGAUUUAUACGCCCAGAAUUAAAAAGUAUUGGAGUAUACAGUCGAUAACCUAAAAAGAGUUUUUAUCAUAAAAGUUGACUUCGUGACAGUUCGCGCAGAAUUUUGACCAAAAUCUGUGAAUUUCCGUAUAGACGCGAAAAAGUGAAGGAGACAUUUCGAAACAAAGGACUGUUUUGUACAUUUUCGCAACGAUUGCGAAAUUGUGUUCAAAAAAUAACUGAUCUGGCUCAAUCGUGGAGGGCUAAUUAAAAAAAAACAGCCCCUGGCCAACUAGUUCGGACACAAUCUGUGGUCACCGAACGACAAAACAAAAGCGUAACGAUUUACUAGAUUAUUACAAGGACCAUAUUUGUAAAGGUUUUCAUAAAAUUCUCGUUAAAAAGUAUCGUGAACUUUUCAUCGGCUAACCUAAAAAUUACAGUGAUUUUGUCUACCUUACAAAUUCGUGCUUCAGUGGAUCAGUCAGUUUGCAGAUAUUUGAUACGAGAAAAUUAAGCACUAAAACCUGGAUUAAGUGUCGAGUUGGUUUUGCAUGAUGUCUACUGCCAUAAUGCAUCAGUCUGCGCUGUACGACUUUGGUGAUCUGUUCUUGAAGGUGAGUCCCGAUUACGAGUUGGAUGAAAUGACCGUAAUUAACCAAUCUCGGCCAGUGCAGACGAUGAACGCCACACUGAGCGCGACCCUUGGCCCUGUGGGAGCUGGAGCAGUAUCUGGUGCAGUCAGUUGGGAGCAGCAUCCAGUGCUAGCUCGCGCUGCUUCCGUGCCAGCUCACCGAGCCCUCGCCGGGCUACUCGAUCGUCUCGGACACCGCCGGCUCGAGCGCACCACCAGCGAACCCGCGCCACCCCCACCAGCAACAAGCAGAUACAAGACAGAACUCUGCAGACCUUUCGAAGAAGCCGGUGUAUGCAAAUAUGGCGAUAAGUGUCAAUUUGCGCAUGGAAUGCGCGAACUGCGCAACUUGCAACGCCACCCUAAGUACAAGACGGAGCUGUGCCGCACAUUCCACUCUGUUGGAUUUUGUCCAUAUGGACCCCGGUGCCACUUCGUACACAACGCAGAAGAGGCGCGGCGCCGUGAACCGCCUUCUCCUGGUGGCUCCUUGGCGUCCCUGUCGUCUGGCGGCUCCCUAGCCUCAUACAUGAGCGACGGCUCGCGCUCCCCGCGCUCGCCUCACUCGCCGCUGGCCCCGCAGUCUCCCCUGGCGCCGCACUCUCCACCUGCAAUGUCUCCCCCUGCGCACGCCACGGCAUUCGCGUUCCGCCGCACGCAGUCUCCUGACCCUGAAGAAGAGCGACUCCCUGUGUUCAACCGUCUCUCAUCGGCGUUCGGGGACCUCGUCAUCGCCUAGAGCCUGCAACCGCUUAGUCCUAAGUUAACUUAUACCGAACAUAGCUUAAGGAUUGUCCGUCACAUUGUGCCUACUCGACGUCUUCCAGCCAGCGCCCGAGCGGCGUCCCGCUCGUCGCGCUUCGCGCACACGCACACCCGCUCAACGAAUGAUCUCCAGUUUGUCGAUGCUAUUUUGCUACUUCGCCUUGUAAUUUAUAAAGUUAACGAACGAAGUGUUUUCUGGCGUCUCGAAAGUUUGCGGUGUGAAGUAUAGUGGUUUCGUACCUACAUUUUUAGUUAUCGGCACGCACUUGUAAAUGGCACCUUAUAAUAUUAGAUAUUUAUUGUGUAGCUCGCGGAAGUCUUCCCGAUGAUCCUCCGCCGAGCGGUGGUCUCUGUAAAGUUAGCUUAUAGAACAUUUUAUUUAUUUCGUACUGCCUAUCCGCGCUCGGUACUGUACCGCGAGAAGGCGCUCGUGAUCUAUUUUUAAGGGUUUAAGAUAAUAAUUUAUUAUUUAUUUUGAGUCUCUUUAACUGUAAUAAUUAUUUUAUUUUGUAACUAGCAGCUGCGAUGCCGCACCGCAUACGGACGAGGCCUGCGUCGACGGGACGUGGCUCGUUACCAUACAUAAAGUCGACUGAUUCUGCACCUGAACUCAAAAAUCUUACUUGUAUUGCAUAUUUAUAACAACAACCGAUUUGCACGCUACGGGCGGAAUCAGUCGAUUUACUACUCGGGAGCUCGAUGGUCUUGUGGAUCAAAGUAUUCCAGUUUUAUUAUUCUCGAAUAAUUAUUUAUUGUAGUCGACCUCGGCAAGCUAAAACCGAAAGUGCUCAUUUGCGGCCGCGUGCCGUACGAUAAUCUCCGGCUAGUCGACAUCGCUAGCGAUCUCCUCGGCGGCCCAACUAAGCACUAUCGGCACGACUAGUCUGCCGAGGAUUAUUAUUAUUUUUUCAUUUUACCUCGUGCGAGGAGGACGAGAUGCGGCCUGAAACCGGUCCCAAGUUUGGGUGAUUAUUUUCGUAGUGGUCGCGCCGAGCCCCUCUCGGCGCGCGGCGCUCGCGUCCGCCUCGCAAAAAGCAUCGGGACCGGAGCUCCCGAGCACUGGCCCGCCGAACUCCCGAGUUGUACCGAUAAACCUGUAUAAAGAUAUGACACAAUAAUAUAUGAAACAUGUUUAUACAAUUGUUGCCGGCGAGCGGUCGCCGCGCGGGGCGGGGUCGGUGCUGCGGACAUGUCGCGCUCGCCCGCGCUCCGCAUCAAGUGUGCCUUUUACUUUAUUAACGAGAUAAAUCGAUUUAUUUAAUUUUUAGUUGAUCGAGAUAGAUUAUUGUUUAUUUAUUGUCUCCUUUUGAAUAUAAUAUUCAAAUUGGCACAGUUAUUAGGUACUUUAGUCCUACUUUGACAGAACUAAGUGAUUAGUUUCCAAGUAGCAUAGUUUUCUUUUGAAUUUAAAGUGUGAUAUUUUAUAAUAUUUAUAUAAAACAAAGUUUAAACUUUUAAUUAAGGGACCAAUGUAAGUGAUUAGGAGAAAUUCUGAUAGAAUCAUCGUGCGCUAUCGAAUCUUACCAAGAGACUGUAUCCUCGCGACACAUUUGAUAUUUUUAUAACUUGUCAGAUCUACGAGUUCUUAUAGUCUAAUAUAUUACAAUAAAACGACAUUUUGACCAAUACUGGUUUUGCGUUUGAUUAUAUUAUUAUUCAGCUUUAUAGAACCGAGAUGGUAUUUUUUAUUUUGUUUUACUAUUUUUAGUUUCAGUUUUUCUCCCUUUCUAAGCAAGUCGUUCAACAAAUAAUAAUUUUGUACCUAAUGUUAAGGAAUUUUAGUUUUAAGCGUUCAUAAAGAUCACGAUUAUUAUUUAUUAUCAGUUCAUUACAAAUUAUAAACCAUUAAAAACUGAUUUAUUUAAUUUCUUUUGUAUUUAAACCGACAUUUAAGUUGUAACUUGUUUAGCUUAAUGUUAGUAAUAUAUCAUGAGUCAUAUAAUAUAACAGUUCAGUUUAGUUUACGACACUUUUAAUUAAGUAUUUAAUUUUUACUAAUUUAAUUCCAAUUUUAAGUUAAUCUUCCAAAAAAUGACUAUUACGUAUUCUAUUAUUUUUCUUAUGGACAAACAAAUUAAGUAGAAAGCUUAAUUAUGACAUUUUUCUUGUAAGUUUUCUUAUUUCCAUCUGCAUUUUUAUUGAAUUAUAGUCAAAAUAAUGUUUA